CACAGCGUCACUCCGCGAAAGAAGAAUGUUGUCCCAUUCGACACGCAGAGCGUGUACUCGCUGCAUCGGUCGUAGCCGGCAUUUUUCCACGACACUUCAUCGGAACGAGCAGCAGCGCGGCGAGAAUGGGAACCCCGUGCCCCCGCCGGAAGCCGGCUAUACUCGACUCACAAACCGAGGCCUCAUCAGCGUGACGGGCCCCGACAGCACCUCGUUUUUGCAGGGCCUUGUCACGCAGAACAUGCUCAAAAAGAGCGCAGAGGGCAAGGGCUCGUACACCGCAUUCCUCAACUCACAGGGCCGCAUCCUGAACGAUGCCUUCAUCUACCCCACCGGACCAGACGCCUCCGCCGACCAACCCGGCUGGCUCAUCGAAGCAGACACGGCCGAGCUCCCCGCGCUUCUCAAGCACCUCAAACGACACAAACUCCGCGCCAAACUACAACUCCGGCUCCUCGACCCGAACGAGCGGACGGUCUGGGCCGCGUGGACGCCGCACAACCCCACCGGCGAAGGCGACCAGCGCUGGGCGGCAUACAGCAUGGGGGGCGCGGCGGCGUCGGCCGGAGACUUCCCCGAGGCCGCGGCCCCGGUCUGGCCGGCCAACGUGGUCGGCUGCGUGGAUACACGGGCGCCCGGGUUCGGUCUUCGGCUUGUCACCCCCGGCGAGGCGGAUCUGCGGACGCAUCUCGAGAAUGCUGCGCCGGCCGGGCGUGGUAGUGGUAGUGGUCAUCAUCAGCAGCAGCCCUUGCUCGAUGAGGGCUCCGAGGAGGUCAGUCUGGGAUCAUACACGGUGCGACGGAUGUUGCGCGGCGUGGCCGAGGGCCAGUCAGAGAUCCUGCGCGCGGCCUCGCUGCCCCUCGAAUGCAAUAUGGAUAUGGCCCAGGCGAUUGAUUUCCGUAAGGGCUGUUACGUCGGCCAGGAGCUGACGAUCCGUACCCGCCACACGGGUGUGGUGCGCAAGCGCAUCUUGCCUGUCCAGCUGUAUGCGGAUGAUUUGCCCGCGUCGACGCGGGGGGGCGACCUCCCCGUUUAUGAUCCUUCGUCGGCGGCGGCGGCGGUGACGGCACCGCCCGAGGGCUUGGGCUUGGAUAUCUCCAAGGCGGGCCCGUCGAAGGGGCGCAGUGCGGGCAAGUUCCUGGCUGGCGUGGGGAAUAUUGGGCUGGCGUUGUGUCGGUUGGAGAUGAUGACGGAUGUGGCUCUCACCGGUGAGGCUACGCAAUUUACCCCGGACCGGGAGUUUAAGAUUAGCUGGGACGUUGCAGCUGCGGAUGGUUCGAUGGAGGCCCGCACUGCUAAGAUCAAGGCGUUUGUUCCGCCGUGGACGAGGGAGUAUAUCGCUUCUGGGACGCAGCAGGCUCGUGCUCGUGACCCGAUCAGCGAGGGUCAGAGGGCGAGGGAGCUCGCGGAGCGGCUGGCGGAGGAAGAAGAUUCCCGACAGCACGAGUAGAUGUUCUUUGUCGUGUAGUUUGGGUAUAUGUACAACAAGUGUAUGAUAAAUGAUCAUGUAUGAAUUAGACAGAAGACUGCUUAGGACAAGCGAGUGAGCUAGG